ACUGGGGGACAGUUAGUUGUUCUCAUGAGUCCUGAGGGAAAUCCAGUGGCCCCAUUGCACCCACAAUCUCAGAAGCACAUUUCAAGACAUACUGAACAGAACAAAUACCACAGGAGUUGAUGGUCUAUGUAAUGAUUGAUGGGAUGGGCUGGCUGAUAAAAUGUAUGACUGGGCCUCUUGAGUUGAGCUUUGGCCUUAUGUAAGCUGUAGUAUCUUGAAUAAACUCACUCUUUGAUGAGCAGUGCUGGCUCUGUCAUUACAGUCACAGAAGCCGGGGAAAUCUUCUCAGUUUUAGCCUGAAAAAACAAAACAAACAAAAAAAGCAAUGAUUAGGCGGAAUUUAAAAAAUGUCCUUGUCGUAUCCUUUGGAUUUUUAUCCCUCUUCACAGCAUAUGAAGGACUGCAGAGUUUACAGAGCAGCCUGAAUGCUGAGGAGGGCAUGGGCGUGAUCUCUCUGAGUGUCGUCUAUGCCUCCAUCAAUGUAUCCUCCAUGUUCCUGCCUCACAUCCUCAUCAAAAACCUGGGCUGCAAAUGGACAAUUGUGGCCUCCAUGUGUUGCUAUAUCACAUACUCGUUUGGGAACCUCUACCCUGGCUGGGCCACUCUCAUUCCCACCUCAGCCAUCCUCGGUCUGGGAGGCUCUCCUUUGUGGUCGGCCAAAUGCACAUACUUGACCAUCAGUGGAAAUCGGCAGGCUGAGAAGGACAACAAGAAAAAUGAGGACACCAUCAACAUGUACUUUGGAGUCUUCUUCUUCAUAUUUCAGUCAUCUGUAGUGUGGGGAAACCUCAUGUCAUCCCUCAUCUUCGGGCAAGAUGCAGAAAUAGCUGACAUUCCAGAGGACCAAUUCCAGUACUGCGGAGCAGCACUGUGUGUGGAAGAGUUUAUCCAGUCAGGAAAUUCAACACGACCUGCACAACACCUUGUCAACACACUGCUCGGCUGCUACAUUGGUGUAGGGGUUUUGGCCGUGAUUGUGGUGGCUGUGUUCCUGGAUAACAUCGACAGAGACAUGGCGAGGGAGUUCAGGAGCAAUAGGACGCCAUUUUGUGAUACCUUCUUGGCCACCUUCAAGCUUCUGAAAGACAAGAGGCUGCUCAUGCUCAUUCCCUUGACUAUGUACAGUGGCUUUGAGCAAAGCUUCCUGUCUGGUGAAUACACCAAGAACUAUGUCACCUGUGCAUUGGGAAUACAUUUAGUUGGAUACAGUAUGAUUUGCUUUGGUGCAGCAAAUUCACUGUGUUCCUUUGCAUUCGGGAGGCUCGCAAGAUACACAGGGAGAAUUCCCCUGUUUUGUUUGGCUGCUGUCACAAAUCUCAGCUGCAUCAUUGCUCUCCUGCUCUGGAGGCCUCAUCCAGACCAGCUUCCUGUGUUCUUUGUGUUUCCUGCUUUGUGGGGUAUGGCAGAUGCUGUCUGGCAAACCCAAACAAACGCACUCUAUGGAAUUCUGUUCGCUGAUCGCAAGGAGGCAGCGUUUGCCAACUUCCGCAUGUGGGAAUCCCUGGGCUUCGUCAUAGCAUUCGCAUACAGCACCUUCAUCUGUCUCUCCAUCAAGCUGUACAUCCUCCUGGCCAUGCUCAUUCUCACCAUGAUCACCUACCUCAUGGUGGAGUACCAUCACCAUAAGAAUCCAGUGUCAUCCGAAAGCAUCACCUUAAACACCAUCACUGAGAAAGAGAAGGACACUUACAAAGAGGGAGACAAUUCUGAAACAGACCAAAAUGUAGCUUUAAACAUGAAAUCCCCUGCUUUUUAAUGAUACAGCAGAGAAACCAGAGCACAGUGAAUGUGGCUGACACUUGCACUGGCUGUUCCUCACUUGAUUUUCUUUAUCUUAUAGUGAAGUCUGCCAUAUUUGCAUAUGAUGUGACAUUUAACUCAGUAUUUUCUCUGGGUGUUGUUUUUUUCCAAAUGAUAUAGCACAAUAAUGUAUUUAUAUAUUUUUAAAUCACUGUGACAUUAUUCUUCCAAGUCUUUAUUUUUCAAAGAGUUCCUACUGUACAAAACUAUACUGUUUGCAUUUGAAAAUGGGCCACAUCUGUUUACGGUUUGUAUGCACUUUACCUUUUUACAUUUACAUUUACAUUUACAUUUAGUCAUUUAGCAGACGCUUUUGUCCAAAGCGACGUACAAGGGAGAGAACAGUCCACAAUGAAUCAUACCACAAUGAAUCAUACAUUAUUUUAUUUCAGAGAAUAAUAUUAGAGUUAAUAGCUGUAUUUCAGUUCAGUGGAGGUUAAGUGUUCCUCAUGGCAUUGUGUGACAUGCCAAUACGUAUCUACUAUUUUUGUACACUUUAUGAAUUGAGGCUAAUAAAUUGGAUGUUGUGAAACAG